AUGGAUGAUAGUAGACUUGAGGGAUGCAUCGAAGAAAUGGGAGAGUUGGCCAAGGAUAAAUCACCAUACCUUGGUAUGGAGUUUCCAUCAGAAGAAGCUGCAUAUGAGUUUUAUAAUGAAUACGGAAGAAUUGUGGGGUUUAGUAUUAGAAGAGAUUAUUGUAACAAAAGUCAGAAAGAUGGUGUUAUGACUAGCAGAAAGUUUGUUUGUUGUAAGGAGGGAGAGAGCGAAAAAGAUAAACGGUACACGAUGAUAAAAAAUCCUCGAAGUGAGACAAGAACAAAUUGUAAAGCAUUUAUGCAUAUAUCUUUUAAGCGGGACUUGUCGAAGUGGAUUGUGUCGAAGUUUGAUAGUAACCACAAUCACCCUUUGCAUCUUCCUCAAUGUACUCAUUUGAUGCCAUCUCAGAGAAAGGUAUGUGAUGCUCAGGGUAUAAAUAUUGACAUAGCUGAUGAGAGUGGAAUAUCUCUUAAGGCUUCACAUGAUCUUAUUAGUGCUAUAGCAGGAGGGAAGGAAUUUGUAGGGUUCACGCGAGAGGAUCAGAAAACCUACUUACGUGCAAAAAGACAGCGAAACUUGCAAUAUGGUGAAGCAGGGAGUUUGUUAAGAUAUUUCCAGCAGCAAGUGGCAGAAAAUCCAUAUUUUUACUAUGCCAUUCAGUUGGAUGUAGAUGAGAUGAUUACUAAUAUUUUUUGGGCUAAUCAUCAGAUGAUAACAGAUUAUGGGCUUUUCGGUGAUGCGGUGUCAUUCGACACAACUUUUCAAACAAAUAAGGAGUACCAUCCACUUGCUUUAUUUUCUGGCUUUAACCACUUUAGAAUGACAGUGAUUUUUGGUGCAGCAUUAUUAUAUGAUGAAACUACAGAGUCAUUUGAAUGGUUAUUUGAAACAUUUUUCGAUGCAAUGUCAGGAAAAAAACCUGUUAGUUUUUUCACAGAUCAAGAUCAAGCAAUGGCUAAGGCAAUUUCACAAAUCAUGCCUGAGGUUUUUCAUGGGUUGUGCACUUUUCACCUAAUGCAAAAUGCUUUGAAGCAUUUAGGUUACUUGUUCAAGAGUGAUUCAAAAUUUAGUAGCGAUUUAAAAGCUUGCAUUUAUGACUACGAGAAUGAGCAUGAAUUAAUUGAAGCUUGGAAUUCUUUGAUUGAUAAAUACAACUUGCAAGAGAAUGAGUGGAUGAAAGGAACUUGGAGAAAAAGAGAGCAGUAG